AUGUUGACUCAACGCCCUUCAUUCCGCUUCUUGGCCACCGGCGCCGCGGUCUCUCUAUUCAUCCUUGCAUUCCUUGUGUUCGCAACUGGGCCAUCCUACAGGCUUUCAUCACAAUAUAAAAUGAAGACACAUCCCCGACCGCAAUAUUGUGCGCCACCUGUGAACUCGUCCGCGGGUUGGGAUUUCAUUGUCGAGCGCGAUGGCAACAAUCACGGGCUCUCCGAGGACCAGUGCCGUACUGCGUUUCCAAAGCUAUUUGCUGAAAUUGACAAGUCAUCUUCCUUGAGAACGGAGAAGCGUGUCUCAUAUGUGGAGCUAGACUCACGGACUGUAGACGAUGGCAUGGUGCGGGGGAUCAUUGAUCAGGGAGAAUUGUAUAUCGUCGACUACGCCUCCAUGCCAGUUACAGCAUCUCGCGCACGGGCUACCCUAAGCUCUCUUCACCGUGCCCUGACAGCAUUCCCAAACCGUCACCUCCUACCGAGUAUCGAGUUCAUCUUCACAACAGAAGACUUCGCUGAGGAUACAACUGGCCCAAGCCCCAUCUGGGCCUACUCAAAACGUGACUCGGAUACAUCAGUCUGGUUGAUGCCAGACUUCGGAUACUGGGCUUGGCCGGAGGUGCAGAUCGGGCCGUACCAUGAAGUCCGGCGCCGCAUUGCCGCAAUCGACGACGGCCAUACUGCGGCAGAUGGCACGUACAUCCCAGGGUUACCGUUCCAAGAGAAGAAGAAACAGCUCGUGUGGCGCGGCAGUCUGGCAACCAACCCGCCCGUGCGGAGCAAGCUGCUCAAGUCUGUGCAGGGUAGUGGCUGGGCGAGCGUGCGUGUCAUUGACUGGGACGAUGAAAAUGAUAUUCGUUUCAAUCUCCUGCCUAUCGAGGACCACUGCCGGUACAUGUUUCUCGCGCACACUGAGGGUCGAAGCUUCUCUGGUCGCGGCAAGUAUCUUCUGAACUGCCGUUCUGUUGUUAUCUCGCAUGCGCUUGAAUGGCGUGAAGCUCAUCACGCGGCACUCAUUGCCACCGGACCGGAUGCGAAUUACGUCGAGGUUGACCGGGAUUGGUCUGAUCUCAUGCGUAAAAUGGAUCAUCUUAUUGAUAACCCCAAGACUGCGGAGCGUAUCGCGAAUAAUGCGGUGCGCACGUUCCGUGAUCGUUACCUGACUCCUGCUGCGGAGUCAUGCUACUGGCGCCAGUUGAUUCGUCAAUAUGCUGCGGCUUGUGAUUUCGAGCCGGUCUUGUUCUCUACUGAUCGGAAUGGAAAGACCCGGCCACGGGGUAUUUCCUAUGACACUUGGCUACUCAGGCGUUGA